ACCCUCCCCGAGCUCCCCCAAAUUCUCCAUCAAGGCCUAACCGCCGUCUCCGUGCUGGCACUCCUAUCCGUAACCAGCGCAUCGGCAUUAUUUCUCCAUCUCGGAUAUCGCCUUUUCAGAUGGAAACACCGCAGUCAAGUACGAUGCAACCAAUUCGUAGUUUUAAUUUUCAAUUUGCUGCUCGCCGACAUUCAACAAUCUACUGCGUUUGUCAUCAAUUCGAAAUGGGUGCAUGACAGGAGUAUCGUGUCCGGUGGUCCUGCUUGCUGGGCGCAAGGCUGGUUCGUCAGUAUCGGAGAUUUGUCGAGUGGACUUUUUACUUGUGCGAUUGCGAUGCAUGCCUUUGCUGAUAUCGUCUACGACUAUCGACUCUCGCAACGGACCUUCCGCCUCUCGCUGCUGGGCCUGUGGACAUUCACUUUCCUCUGCGCGGGGAUCGCGCUCGCAUUGCAUCGCUCCAACCUCUACGUGCGAGCGGGAGCAUGGUGUUGGAUCGAUAUGAAGUACAUCCACGUGCGAUUGUGGCUGCACUGUUUCUGGGUGAUUCUUGCCAUGCUGGCAAUUGUCGUGUUAUACGCCAUCAUCACCAUCGUCCUCCAUCACCGCGUGUCCGGGUCCUAUUACACAACUUCGACUGCGCAGCUCCGGAUACAAACCACCAUGAAAGUCAUCAUCGCCUACCCGACCAUCUACGUCGUGUGUACUCUCCCGCUCAUCAUCUCCCGACUGCGAGCCUUGUCAGGCUACGAUGUAGGCUUCACAGAACUCUGCGUCGCCGCAGCGAUGAUUACCAGUAAUGGCUGGCUGGAUGUCCUGCUGUAUAGUCUGACUCGAACGAGCGUCUUGUUCGGC